AUGGCUGCUAGGACGGGGGCUCCGCCAAGCCCUACCGUGGAAAACAGGUGGCAGCUUAGUGAACUGGAGCAAGGCUGGGGCUGCAAACCUGUGCCACUGAAGAAAACAAACCACUCGGGCUCCAAUGCUGCCAUGGGCAGGGGUGGCCGGGACAUAGCCUGUGCUGAGCUGGCGUGGGCAGCAGCCCUGGACAAGCCCAGACCAGGCGGGCCGCUGCCCCAGAAGGUGCACGGGGAACAGAGGCAGAGUGCAUUCACAGAGCUGCCGUGGCUCAAGGAGGGGCUGGGGGGCUGGCAGGCCCACGAGAAGCAGCACGAUGACCCUGCAGACCAGGCUGGCCCCCAGCGGCUGACCCGUGAUGUCCCCAGGGACUCAGCCAGCAGCACAGUUGUCUCUGUGUGGCCCAGUGGAGCCCAAGGGGAGCAGAGAAGCGCCUUCAGCAAACCAAUCAAGCGUGCAGCAGAGGGGCCUGGGCCAACCCUCGUCUUCCCAACAGGUGACUCUUCAGAGGCCCCGGGGGAGCUGUCAGGACUCAUCAGCACUGCAGACAUCCCUUGUUGGGGCCAACGUUCAACGUCCAAGCUUUUGGUGGCUCAUUUCUGGAACUUACAAAUGUUCCCAUGGAAUGCUGCACUCUGCAGCGCUUUCCUGGGUGCCCCCAGGCUGUGGCUCGAGCACACUGAGGCCCAGGCACCCACACCUUCGCCAUCCUCGACUGCCCCAUGGGCCCUCCUGCCACCCACGCUCACCUCCCUGGGCUUGUCCACCCAGAACUGGUGUGCAAAGUGCAGCCUCUCCUUUCGCCUGACGUCCGACCUGGUCUUCCACAUGCGGUCCCACCACAAAAAGGAGCAGGGGGGGCCUGACCCGCAUUCUAAGAAGCGGAGAGGAGAGCCCCUCACCUGCCCAGUUUGCCGCGAGUCCUUCCGGGAGCGCCACCAUCUCUCCCGGCACAUGACUUCUCACAGUUAA